AGUGCAUGUGAAUUCGAGAAAGCAAUAAACUCGUGCCUAUUGAAAACGGCACCGUGGCAUGUCUUCACAUGGUAAACUGCGAUAUUUGUAUAAGGAUUAUAAAAAGGUAAUCCUUUUAAGUAAGUUUACACAGAUCUAAAGCAAACAACAGGAAGAGUAAAAAAAAGCCUGCAUGUAACUUCAUGUUCAAGUUUGCGUCACGGUGACUAAUUUGAGAGACAUCUCAGAAGUGGUUCAUUAAUCUAUAAAAUAAAUCUUGUUCCCCGUUGGAGGUAAAAUGCAUUCUCAUUGAUAAUCUAACUGUAAAAAUAACAUCAAAAUAUUCCAAGAGGAUCCUAGAGUCCCAAUCCCAUUUCCCACUUCGAAUUUUGGCAUAAUCCUAGUCCUAAUCCUAGUCUUGGACUUUUAUAAGAAAUCCCAGUCUGCUCUACCAUGGUUGCGGUUUUUGAAUAUAUAAAAAAAUUUACCGAUACAUUUUGUUAUUGAGACGAUGGAUUUAUAGCAUGACAUCAAAUCGGAAAUUUCGGGCAACGAUUGACGUCAUGUCUGGUAACUUUAAAUGUAUCGCAAAGUUUUUUUAAAAUACUAUAAUAAAAGUUGCGCAAAAGUAAAAUAAUUGUUAUUGCCAAGUGGAAUGUUAUGUUAGAUCUGUUUUUGCCAACAUUAUCUUGGAACAUGCAAUGGACCUAACAAGAUAACGCUGAAAUGCUCUCUUGUGAAGGAAAGAGAACGGAAACUUUAAAUUGUUUGUGCCAAAGGGGAGUCACCAGGAUAUUUUCGAAUCGCUCUCGUGGUAGCAGCCUGGUUGAAAAUAGACAGUGAUCCUAUGUUAUUUCUCGUUCUUUAUGCCGCUUCGGUAACAUUGGAUGCGUUUGAUGGGAUUGCUGCAAGAAAACUUAACCAAACAUCCGUUUUUGGAGCUUGGUUUGAUGUGGUCAUUGAUAAUAUUGGAAGGGGCAUGCUAUGGAGUUACAUAUACCAGUGGGGAUAUUUUGUGAGUGCUUUAGAGUGGUUAGUGUUUGUCUGUACUCACACGUACGGAGCUACAUGGAAGACUGCUGGGAUGGAUUCACCUCCAUUCUGGGUUGCAGCUAUCAUGGCAAACAAUUUUAAAACUAUUGUUGGUGCCUAUGCUAUUGCUGGUCUCCAUGUCCUGCCAAUGUGGCUUUACGGUUUACAGAAAAUAGAAAUGAUUCGCAUAUACUUUGGAAGUCAGGCAUGCACUGGUAUUACCGCUUUCUUAGCAUCUGGAAGGCUAACUUGUUCACUUGUUGAGGGUUGGUUUAUAUGGACACACAUAAAAGCUCUAUUAACAACUUUCAAUGAGCUAUGAACCAUGUUUGUUUGUUGAACUCUUCUGAGAGUGGCUCUUGGAGCGUGCAGAAUUUUUUACAAAUUUUACACAGUUAGUGAGGGUGAUUAUUAGGUGGAUGUAUAAUAUAGCUAUUUAUCUUGAGUUGAUAUAUAAA